AUGAUGGAAGAAAUAUCUUCUCUGGGGGUCACGCUUGGCUUAGCGACUUCUCUGUGCGAAAAUCCGGGAAUUUCAAGCCAGUUAGAAAUCACGCGACUCAACCUAGUGGCACAAACAGCUACCUUGCUUGGAGGAAGUGAACUAAUACCCCUCCAUACUAGUUUAGAUGGAAGCUUGCCGGCUUCUGUUGAGAUUGAGGAUAGUGAAAAUAGCAAGAUUCUUCGAGAUGAAAGAAUCAUACGGAUGAUAAUAUCCACCGAUGACUGUCCUAAUGGUCUUACUUUAGAAGAUUCCUUAGUUUCUAUGCCGUUGCUAAAAGAUAGCGGGCCCACCAAAGUAGGGGUUGCUAAGAGUGUUUUUGAAUUGGAUUGUGUCCCGCUUUGGGGCUCGGUUUCUGUUUGCGGCCACCGAUUGGAGAUGGAGGAUGCUGUUAUGGUCAAACCUAAUUUCAUGAAGAUACCGAUCAAGAUGUUUGCCGAUGAGCUGGGGAUUAAUGGGAUAAGUUGGACUUUAAGUCAUCUACGUUCUCAUUUCUUUGGGGUUUAUGAUGGGCAUGGUGGAUCUCAGGUUGCAGAUUACUGUCGAGAUCGUCUUCACGGGGCUUUGGCUGAGGCGUUAAAUAAUCAUGAAAACGAAACAGCGAAUGGAAUCAAGAACACUAGGCAGGCACAGUGGGAAAAAGUGUUCAAGAGCUGCUUUCUGAAAGUCGAUGAAGAAAUAGUAGGAGAUGGAAUCAAUGAUCCUAUUGCACCCCAAACCGUUGGAUCAACGGCUGUUGUUGCAGUUGUAUGUUCGUCCCAUAUCAUAGUUGCCAACUGUGGGGAUUCGAGGGCUGUCCUUUACCGUGGUAAAGAGGCUAUUCCAUUAUCUGUCGAUCACAAACCAACAAGGGAGGAUGAAUAUGGUAGGAUCAUGGGUUGUGGUGGCAUGAUCAUGCAGUGGAACGGACUCAGAGUUCUUGGUGUCCUUGCAAUGUCGAGGUCUAUUGGAGACAAAUAUAUGAAGCCAUGGAUUAUACCCGACCCGGAGGUGAUAGUUGUGCCACGGGCCAAAGAAGACGAGUGCCUCGUCCUAGCCUCUGACGGGCUGUGGGAUGUAAUGUCAAAUGAGGAAGCAUGCCAAGUGGCUAGAAAACGCAUCCUAAUAUGGCAUAAAAAGAACGGCACCAAUCCAAUAGAAAACCGAGGCCAAGGGGUAGAUCCUGCGGCUCAGGACGCAGCCGAGUACCUAUGCAACCUCGCCCUUCAACAAGGGACCAGAGAUAAUAUUUCUGUAAUAGUCGUCGAUUUGAAGUCCAGAAGGAAGUUCAAGAACAAGCCUUGA